ACACAUCAGAAGAAAAUGGUACAGAAGAAAGGGGCUGCUAGGGUUACAGAAGAUGCCGAGGAGCUGGCCCACAUUCCAUUGCAGGCUGUCCUCUUGGCUGAUAGCUUUGCUCAAAAGUUCCGCCCAAUUACACUUGAGCGUCCUAAGGUUCUCUUACCACUGGUCAAUGUUCCCAUGAUUGAGUACUCCUUAGCAUGGCUUGAGUCUGCCGGGGUGGAAGAAGUUUACGUCUUCUGUUGUGCACAUUCCAAGCAAGUGAUUGGUUACUUGGAGAAUUCACAGUGGCUUAACCAACCAAAUUUUUCAGUCACAACAAUAGAGUCCCAUGAUUCUAUUAGUGCUGGAGAUGCGCUGCGGUUGAUUUAUGAGCGGAAUGUGAUACAUGGGGAUUUCAUACUUAUAAGUGGGGAUACUGUGAGCAACAUGUCCCUUACCCAGGCACUUAAAGAACAUAAGGAAAGAAGGAAAAAAGAUACUAAUUCUGUAAUGACCAUGGUCAUCAAACAGUCAAAGCCUUCUCCGUUGACUCAACAAACUCGACUUGGUAAUGAUGAGCUGUUUAUGGCAAUUGAUCCCGUUACAAAGCAGCUUCUGUAUUAUGAGGAUAAGGCAGACCACUUGAAGGGAACCAUUACUCUGGAUAAGAUGAUGUUAGUUGAUAAUCCUGCGGUUUCUCUGCACAAUGACAGACAGGAUUGCUACAUUGAUAUCUGCUCCGCGGAAGUUCUUAGUCUUUUCACCGACAAUUUCGACUAUCAACAUCUUCGGCGUCAUUUUGUCAAAGGACUUCUUGUUGAUGAUAUAAUGGGUUACAAAAUCUUUACUCAUGAAAUCAACUCAAGCUAUGCAGCUAGAGUAGACAAUUUCAGAAGCUAUGACACCAUCAGUAAGGAUAUAAUCCAGAGGUGGACGUACCCUUUGGUGCCAGAUGUUCAUUUUUCUGGAAAUCAGCCAACUAAAUUAGAAAGACGGGGGAUGUACAGAGCAUCUGAGAUAUCACAAUCACGUUCUGCACAAAUUGGUCCUUUUACAUUGGUUGGAAAGGGCACUAAAAUCGGGGACAACUCUAAACUCUCCAAUUCAGUAAUUGGCGAAGGUUGCACUAUUGGAUCAAAUGUUUCAAUUGAAGGUUCCUAUAUUUGGAACAAUGUCACGAUUGAGGAUGAUUGUAAACUAAGGCAUGCAAUCGUUUGUGAUGGAGUGGUAAUUAAGUCAGGGGCAGUUCUGGAACCUGGGGUUAUUUUAUCAUUCAAGGUUGUAGUUGGACAACAAUUUGUUGUUCCUGCUUACUCUAAGGUGUCUUUGCUUCCCCAACCAAUAAACCAAGACAGCGAUGAGGAGCUCGAGUAUGCUGACAGUAGCAGUGGUGCUGUAGAUAGUCCAUCAAUCAAUGACCCACUAGAUGUUGCUAAAGGGGAGUCGAUACCCAAUUCAUCUGACCCACCUGAGGUUGGGAUUUCAGGAGCUGGUUAUAUUUGGUCACUUUGUGAGGGAGGCCAUGAAGAAGAAUGGAGGCAUUCAAUUGCGCCCAUUCCUGCCGAUAAGCUUUCAGAGUUGGCACGUGCUACUCAUGAAGAACUAGAUUUAUCUAUUCAAGAUGGCAGUAAUCUUCCACCUUCUGGAGAGCUAAUAUGUGAUUCUGAUGGUACUAUUUCUGAAGAUGAUGAUAAUGAAGAUUUUAAAGACGAUUCUGCCUACUUUGAGAAAGAGGUUGAAGCCACUUUUCUUAGGGCUGUUCAUGAAGGAGUGGAACAGGACCAUGUUAUCCUAGAAGUGAAUUCGCUUCGGUUGUCAUACAAUAUGUCAUCCACUCAUUGUGCGGGGGCAAUAUUUUACUCUGUGAUGAAGUUGGCUGCAGAAACUCCUCAUGCCAGCAAUAGUGAAUUAUUUAAAAGUGCUGCAAGUGCAAUUACCAAAUGGCAUGGUCUUUUGAAGCAUUAUCUGCAGAGCAUAGAUGAGGAGAUUGAAAUAAUAAUGAAAUUUGAAGAGAUGUGCGGGGAAUAUGCGAAAGAAUUCUCUCCAUUAUUUGCACAGAUAUUGCAUCUCCUCUAUGAGAAAGACAUUUUACAAGAAGAAGCUAUUCUUUCGUGGGCAUCUGAGAAAGAAGGGGCCGACGAGUCUGAUAAAAUUUUUGUUAAGCAGUCAGAAGCAUUCAUUCAGUGGCUGAAAGAGGCACCUGAAGAAGACGAAGACGAAGACGAGGACGAGGACAACUGAAAGAUCAAA